AUGCUGACCUACAAUCAGAACGGCACCAGCCGUGGUAUCGCUUCUAUCAUAUUCAGCCGCCCUGAAACUGCUAUCAAAGCUGCUAAGGAGCUGAAUGGACUCCUGAUCGACAAACGCCCCAUUAAAAUUGAGGUUGUUGUUGAUGCAUCCCGUGCGCCUCCGGUUCCUACACCCAAGCCAUUGACCGAGCGUGUUGCUCAACCAAAGUCUCAGCCCAAGCCCGCUUCUGCUGCGAAAGCUGGACGAAAGAGAGAUGCCCGCGGUCGAACCCAACGGGGCCGCAACGCCGGUCGCCCAAAGUCCAAGACCCUUGAAGAGCUUGAUGCUGAAAUGGUAAACUACUUCGCCGAAGCUCCUGCCAGUACUAACGCUCCCGCUCCUGCAGCCAAUGGUGCUGCUCCACAGCCCGCUGGUAACGGCGAAGACCUCGGAAUGGUUGAUGAGAUCUCCGUAAGUAGAUGGUUUAUUCCAGUGCUCUUUAAGUACUAUCCCAAUGCUAACGUUGUGUUCCAGUAA